CUGACUCUUGAGCGUGUCAUGUGGCGUUCACAGUACGCCGGAAUCCCACGGAGAGUCGAGACUUGACGGUGGUCUCUCGUCCCGGCUUUUGUGUGUCCCGGUCAGACUUCCAGCAUGGCGUGGACCAAAUACCAACUGUUCCUGGCGGGACUUAUGCUGACAACCGGCUCUAUCAACACGUUAUCGGCCAAGUGGGCGGACACAUUCAGUGCACCGGGCUGCCACGGUGACCCUAACCAUACAUUCUCCCACCCUUUUGUCCAGGCAGUGGGCAUGUUUCUGGGCGAGUUUAGCUGUCUGGCCGUCUUCUACAUCCUCCUCUGCCACGACCGUCGCAGCCCCGAGCCCCAGAUGAACCCAGGCCAGAGCUUCAACCCGUUCCUGUUCCUUCCCCCCGCCAUGUGUGACAUGUUGGCCACCUCCACCAUGUAUGUAGCUCUCAGCAUGACCAGCGCCUCCAGCUUCCAGAUGCUCCGCGGCGCCGUCAUCAUCUUCACGGGGCUCCUUUCUGUGGCGUUUCUCAGGCGACGGCUGUUAACCAGUCAGUGGGUGGGGAUCCUCACCACCAUCCUGGGCCUGGUGAUCGUGGGCCUGGCCGACUUCCUCAGUGGACACCAAGACGACAGUCACAAACUCAGUGACGUCCUCACAGGAGACCUUCUGAUCAUCUUGGCUCAGGUUAUAGUCUCUGUGCAGAUGGUCCUGGAAGAAAAGUUUGUCUAUAAACAUGAUGUGCAUCCUCUGCGAGCCGUUGGAAUUGAAGGUUUGUUCGGUUUCAUCGUCCUGACCCUGCUGCUCAUCCCCAUGUACUUCAUCCACGUGGGCGAGUUCAGCGACAACCCCCGCCAGGUCCUGGAGGACGCGCUGGACGCCUUCUGUCAAAUCGGCCACCGGCCGCUCAUCCUGCUGGCGCUGCUGGGCAACACGGUCAGCAUCGCCUUCUUCAACUUCGCCGGCAUCAGCGUCACCAAGGAGAUCAGCGCGACCACGCGCAUGGUGCUGGACAGCCUGCGCACACUGGUCAUCUGGGCGGUGAGCCUGGCGCUGGGCUGGGAGAGGUUCCAUGGCCUGCAGGUGCUGGGCUUCUUGGUCUUGUUGACCGGCACGGCGCUCUACAACGGACUGCAUCGCCCCCUGCUGGCCAGGAUACCGUGCUGCGCCGGGCUGGUUGCCAGGGAGGACGAGGAGGAGGAGAGAAGUGCGGGGGAACGGGAGAGACUGCUUGGCGACGGUUCGGUGCAGGCACCCGAUCAGAGCUAAAGUAGCAGCUGCUACACUUUGCAGAAAGUCCAAAACACUGCACCUUUUAAUCGAAUACAAUUUUUUACUCCACACUGCUGUACUUUGAUUGUACAAAAAUAGUUUUUUGUUGUUGUUUUUUUUAAAUAUUUUUUAAUUAUCCUUGACUUAUUUUACUCACUUUUUUUUUUUUAGAAUAUUUUUUAAGGUUCCCUGACCUUUCACUCAGUGUUUUUCAAAUGUUUUUUAGGUAUCCCGACUUACAUUUCUCAAAAUUAUUUGUGUUAAUUAUCUUGACUCAUUUUACUGUGGUUUGUUUUUAGAAUAUUUUUUUAAGUAUCCUGACUUAUUUUACUUAGUUUCUUUUCAAAUAUUUGUCAUUAUCAUGACUUAUUUUACUUAAAUAUUUUUGAGUAUCCUGACUUAUAUUACUGAGUUUUUUUUUUCCAAAUCCAUCCAUCCAUUUUCUACCGCUUGUCCCUUUUUGGGGUCGCAGGGGGUGCUGGAGCCUAUCUCGGCUGCAUUCGGGCGGAAGGCGGCGUACACCCUGGACAAGCCGUUCUCUCAUCGCAGGGCCAACACAGAUAGACAGACAACAUUCACACUCACAAUAUGUUUUAAAUAUCCUGACUUUUUUUUACUGACAAUUAUUUGUUUUAAUUAUCCUGACUAAUUUUACUCAGAUUUGUUUUGGGUUUUUUUGCAUAUAUUUUUUGUAAUUAUCCUGACUAAUUUUACUAUGAUUUGUUUUUUAAAUAAUAUUUUUUAAGUAUUCUGCCUUAUUUUACUGAGAUUAUAUAUAUAUAUAUAUAUAUAUAUAUAUAUAUAUAUAUAUAUAUAUUUAAUUUAUCCUGACCUCUUUUACUCAGAUUUUUUUUAGAAUAUUUUUUUAAGUAUCCUGAGUUAUUUUACUUAGAUUUUUUAAUGUUUUUAUUUUAAUUAAUGCUGAAUCAGCACUGAGCUUGUGCCAAAUACCUAAUAUUGUUAUUUUUCAGGUAAAAAAGAAAAAGUUAUUUGGCACAUUGAAAAAAGGGAUUUGCGCAAGUUGUAUGAACCAAGAGUCUUUUACAUUUCACAUUGUAAUGAACGGAAACAAAAAAAGGGAAGUGUCAUUAAAAUCAUGUCAUGGUGAACAAAUGUCA